CCCAAUCGCGAUAUACAUCACCGCAGUCGCUGUAGGAGCCUGGUUUCUCUCCGGCUACAUCUACCGCUGGCUACUGUCCGUCGCUGCCGAGUCACCCAGUAAACCGCAUACCGAUUGAUCAGCAACAAUGUCUACAGCGCUUCCUCCGCCUCCGCCUCCACCGCCGCCCCCACCGCGCAAGCCAUUCUCCGGCGAUGAGACUUGCGACGACCUGUUCAAUCUCCUUCCGGCCGAACUGCUCCUCAUGAUAAUCAGGUAUGCGGGUGUCGGUAAUAUCAUGAACCUUGCUCUAGCCAUCUAUCCUACUCUGCAGCGGCAUAGAAUCGCCCCAGAGCUUACUGAGGACACCUACAUAAACAUAGUACGUAUGGGGAGCGUGAGUGCACGCUAUAGAACGCCAUUCCUACCGCAAGGUCUUGAUCGGAUGCCUCUGGAGUUGUGGUUACAAGUGGCUCGAGAUCUGGAACCAAUGAACAUCUUGUCCAUGAUGAUGGCCCUCGGCGCAUAUCCGCGAGGGUCGCUUACUCCGGAGACGGCACAGAGGAUGAGAGGUUGGUGGAGGAAGUCAAAGAAUAAGGAUGGGCCGUGAACAUGGCUGAUGACGACACGGCAACAUAUGGGAAGUAGACGGUACACAUCUUUAUUUUGCCAGCUACGAGCUGUGAGCAAAUUAUGACUGAAACGGGGCGCGAUAGCCUGACGAAUACCAUACCAAGCAAUGAAACAUUUCCAUAAUUGUGUACAUUGUAAAUAACAUCAUCAUGACGAACGCCACGCUAUG